GCUCACGAUACGACACGACUUCGUUCCAAUUUGUCUGAAAACGAUUCUACAAAACGUUAAGCGGCAACAAGAAUACCGUAAACGUCGGAGCAAUGGUCAUGUUCAUAUAGAUUUGAGAAUGGAGCCUCACAAUAGAAAUAGAAAGAAGCGUCAACUCAGAAAAAUACAGUCGAUAACGUACCAGCUUAAUUUUUCAUGUGAACACAUAGGACGGUAUGUACCUUGGACGAAGAGGAAAAUAAAGUGGUAAGUUCUUGUGUCGGUUUAAUUCUGUCACACUUCGCCAUGAUUCUUGAUCAUCGAUGACGUGCCAGAAGUUUUGUCGACUAUUGAAGUUUGGUACCGUUUUGACUACUUUUUGUUCUGUCAUUUGAACCACUAAUUUUCACUUGCUUACCAUUCUUUUUGUCACAUUGUCGAUUUUGGGUAGGCGUUUUGGAUUUACAAAUUUGAAUGCUGCAGGAAAAGGUGAACACAGGAUAGAAGAACACGAAGUAGAGCUUGUAUGGUCUUUACAUAGCCAGAAGGUCAGAAUUUUUUGGAACAAAAGCAACAUUUCUCAUUUUUUCCGAUAUAAACAUGAUUCUGAUAAGAUCGACGUAAGCUGGGAAUCAAGAUCAGGGGAAAUUUUCCGCUUGUUGGCUCACGAGUCAUCGUCAUUAACCAGAUCAACUCGACAAUACGAUUUCUUUGUCGAUGGCGUCAGUAUUUUUUCUUUCCCGCGUUUAUCCGAGUUAAAUGCGGAAGCCAUAACAUUAGACCAUUCAACAAGCUGUGACCGAACGCCAACGACAGUUAUUUCAAUAGACCAUUCGGCAAGCGAAAUCUCGGACUCAUCCGUGGGGAGUAGCAGCGUGAGCGAUUGCUUUCUUCACGAUGGAAACGAGGAAACUCGACAACUCCCUGAUUCUGGGUUUCGCCUCUCUAUGGCUGGUUUUGUUCCUUGUGUUCCUUUAGACGAGACUGUGGAUGACCUCACUUCAUCAUAUUUCAACACAAACAAAUCUCUCGGAUCUCUCAGGAGAGCCGUCACCGGGUUGAUUCAAGACUCGGAGGAUAUGGUUUCGAGGGCUAUCAUCAAUGCUUUAUCGGAAGACAACAAAAUCAACGGCAACAACACGUGCGACUCAAUCUUUUGCGGUGAAUUUCCGUCCGUCCUGAUAUGUGGCGCCGCAGAAAUAUCAGCAGAGAUCCAAGCAAACAUUUUGUUUUUGACUUUCGAAUGGACCAAAUUGUAUACAUCUUGCGCUCCACGACCAGAUUUUGAAGAACAAAAGCGUCUCUUUUUGCAAAAGCACAUGUUUGCCAUCUUUGUGCAUGUUCACAACAGGCGUCUCACAGAAGACGACGCAGUGCGAACUUUGCUUGAUAUUGCCACCCUCUUGGAUAUUCCUAUUUGGCCAUCCGUUCAGAGAGAACGAGAUACAUUGAUAAUUCAAGAUCAGAGUAAGGAAAUUUAUUUGGAUACUUUAAGUGCCACAAUGAAACAAUUCGACGAAUUGUGUAGAAUUGGUGUGGCAACCAACCGAAACUUCGGUAAGUCGCAACACAGCGUAGAGUCCCAUGUCGGUUUUUCGCGUUGUUCUGAUUUCUAAAAGCAGUGAUAUAUCUUCCCUCUUUCCCCUUUUCAUAGCGUUUUGCCGAUUUGCAUCAGCAAGGGGUCCUCUUAAAGCUUUUGCUGCUGCAGAUAAAGGUUCACUCGAUAUAAAUGGGAAUUCACCACAAUUAUCACUCAUUCAAAAACCUCUCGUCUCUGGGAGACCUGGAACAUUAAGUCGGCGAUCGAUUUCGGUUAGUGAAUUCCGUGAACGAGGUGAACGAAACCCUAGGCCUAAACCUAUUCAUGCGCGGCGCAAAUCUCACCAGAGAAACACGAUUUCGAUCGAUAAACUAAUUACUGAAAGUCCAAUAUUUCACCGCAUGAUCAAUGAUCCAGUGCUGGUAUCUCCUAUUGAUGUCGAAUCGUUCCAGAAGAAAGAUAAUUUUGGAAAGAUAUACGACAUAAAAGAUUUCCGUCAUUCCAGCGACGCUAUCGCCACCAUAUCAGUUGGAGAUGGAAUUCACGAUACAUCAAAUGGUCCUCAACUUACCUUCUCAUGACAAAAUAUAGAUUGUUCCUUGCUUUUCUACAGCAUCCACACAGCUUGCGUUGGCAGCACGUCUGGAUUUUUCAUUAUUUAGUGAUAUUCCUAAUCGAAUUAGACGAAAUAGUUGAAGAACUACUUAACCCAGUUCAUAGUGUUUUGGAAAGCGGAAAAGGGAAUGGUGUACGGUAUUUUAAGUUGCAAUGGGAUUUUGCUUUGAAUUCUUUGGGUAGAACAUCCAAAGACGUAUCACGACAACCAUUCAGCUGCGACUUGAAUCUCCCCUCAUUUUGUAUCGGGUCUAUCAACGAUGUCAAACUUACUCACUCGAACAUGAUCAU